GACACAAUAGUAAUUUUAAAACUAGGGUUUAGAGAUAAACCUAGCUCGCCUCCCUUCUCAUUUUCUUCUUCGAAGACCCUAGCUUUUCAGCAGAGAUUUGGGGGCUUGUGGGAGACAGAAACCGUAGAACUCCCACUCAGCCAAAAUGGGUAUUUCUCGUGAUUCCAUGCACAAGAGACGUGCUACUGGUGGCAAGAAGAAGGCCUGGAGGAAGAAGCGCAAGUACGAGCUCGGAAGGCAGCCUGCAAACACAAAGCUGUCAAGCAACAAGACGGUUAGGAGGAUUAGGGUCCGAGGUGGGAAUGUGAAGUGGCGUGCGCUGAGGCUUGACACUGGAAACUACUCGUGGGGUAGCGAGACAGUGACCCGGAAGACGCGUAUUCUUGAUGUGGUCUACAAUGCAUCUAACAACGAGCUGGUUCGUACCCAGACUUUGGUGAAGGGUGCUAUUGUUCAGGUUGAUGUAGCACCAUUCAAGCAGUGGUAUCUCCAGCACUAUGGAGUUGAAAUUGGUCGCAAGAAGAAGACUACAGCUUCCACCAAGAAAGAAGGGGAGGAGGGUGAUGCUGCUGCUACUGAGGAGGUGAAGAAAAGCAACCAUGUCCAGAGAAAGUUGGAGAAGCGUAUACAGAAUCGCAAGCUUGACCCACACGUUGAAGAUCAAUUUGCUAGUGGUCGUCUAUUAGCCUGUAUCUCAUCACGACCUGGCCAAUGUGGCCGUUCUGAUGGAUAUAUCUUGGAAGGCAAAGAGCUCGAGUUCUACAUGAAGAAGAUCCAGAGAAAGAAGGGCAAAGGAGCUGGCGCUGCCUAAAUUUUUUGAAUCUCAUUCUUGCAUUAUCUGAAUUUCAUUUUUGAUGACCUUUGUUUCCUCUCCAGUAGACAUUGAGAUUAAGCUAAGACGAACAAUUUUACCCGAAGUUUUUUUCUUGUUUUAUGUAUGACUUCUUAAUCGGAAAAUUAUUAUAGCCUUUUGUUGUGAUUAA